CUUGAUCGUAAAUUUUCUGAAUGUUGUGCAUCAAACUUGUAAAAAAAAAACACAAUGUCUGCUACAUUAAUUUGAACCGAACUUGCAAUAUUAUUACAUGACAGUUUUCUUCUUCAAAUUUUAGUACAUUUUAUGUUCAUAUAUCUACAAAAUUCCGAAAAAAACUACACGGAAAGAAAACGCUUUGAAAAUUUCAUUCUCGCUGAACUUUGCUCAGCUUGUUUUGAUCAGUAUUUUUUUUUUUCAUACAUUAUCUGCUAAUUCGAAAAAUACACAGAAGUGGUGAUUGUGUUGAAUUUGUCUGACAUACCAAGAAGUUCUUCCAAAGAUAGUAGGGGGUGAGGUAUGGACAGGGAGUCAGACCGUGGUAGUAGUGAGGCAGGAAGUGGGCGGGGCACACCUCGGUCCCUCGAUCAUGAGACACUUAGAAGUGACACACCAGGAACAAUGCCUACAUACCAGUACUCCUUGGAUGAGCUAUAUGAUUUAGAGAAAGCUCCUGCCUCACGCCUCAUCCCUGAUUGCCUUGAUAAAGAGUUUAUUGUGGAUGGUAUUUGGGAUGCAGAGAAAUGGCAUCGUUCCUUUGGAAGUGGUGGUCCAGGAAGCAAGAGCGGUUCACGAGGACCGUCGCCUCUAAAUGCCCUAGAUCCAAGAGAAAGACGCAGUGAAAUGUUACGCAGAAACUCAGGAAGUUCGGCAAACCCUAAAGAUCGCCUGAAGGAAGAGAAAGACAUGAUUGUGUUGAGUCCCCAGAGGAGAAGUUUUGGCACGGGAUGUCACGUGUCCCAGCAACCUCUGCUUCAACGAGCGAUCAGCAAUAUGGAAACUGAUAGAGAAAGACGUGAACAACGUAGAAUCGGUAGUGGACGUAUACAGAUAGAUAGAGAGAGAGGUCGGGACCAAGAAUACAGAUCCGAGAGGGAAUACAGGAAUGACAGGGGGCAGGAUAGAGUAUCGGAAAGGGACAGUAGGGACUUUCGAAGUGACAGGCAUAUAGACAAAGACCCAAGAGAUUUUCGCAGUGCUCGAGAAAAUGAUCGAGACAGAGAUUUUCGAAACCCUCGAGAUAGAUUUGAUCGUGAUGAUCGAAAGUUUGACAGGGAUAGAAUCUUUAGUAGAAGAGACAUGGACGAUAGGCGAGACUUCAGAGACCAUGGCAGUAGAUACAAUAAUAGACGUGACCGCCGUGACUCACAUAGGGAGGAGGAACCAGAAUGGUUUAGUUCUGGACCAAUCAGCAAAACUGACACGAUCGAGUUACAUGGGUUUGAACGUGACCGGCGAGACAGUGACCGACAGAAAGAUGAUCGAGCCAAUGACGUACCAAAGGUUAAACAGAAAGAAACACGAAAGCAACAAGAGAUUCAGGCCCAUGAAGAAGCAGAAAUUUCGGAUGAGGAAGAAAGGCGGCAAGAAGGGGAAGGAGUUAGUGUCGCAGACAGGAAUGGUAGUUUGGAGACCAACGAAUCAAGUUCACCGGAAACCAACCAAUCAGAUGUGGAGAUACGGCCAGCCAAAUCUGUAACAGCACACAUACCAUCGUUUGAUUUUAAUGAAUUUUUCAAUAUUGACAACAUUCCCGGACUCUCAGCACCAGAUGAAUCUGUAGCAGACACAGACCCAGCAAAUAUUGGUGGGAGUAGAUUCUACCAGCUGUAUAGGACAUCACUGGCUGGAAACCAGCAGGCAAACGUUGGGAGUAAGGAAAACAGCCGGAGGUCGUCCCUGAUGGAGGACGAAUUUGGUUACCUAAAUGAUUUGUUAAAUGGUUCAAAGAGCCCUGUGAUACCGUCGCCUCCACCUCCAUCAGCCUCAUCUGUGUUUGAACGUUCUACUUUCCUUACCCCAUUUGCAUCAAGUGAUAAACAACAUCAUCUAGAGUUUGGUACAGUUGGACAGAAGUUUGUCGCCUCGAGCAAUACAUUAGUCAACGCACUCAUCAAUAACGCUGCUGUACUAGAGAAAAACAGAUCCAGUCCUACAGGGAUGAGGAACUUGCCACAGGAGACGGAAGCUAAAUUAAAGGCAUUGUUGUUUGGUCGUCUUGAUUCGGCAUCCAGUAGCGGCAACACAACACCUGGCUUUAAUUCGCCUCUCAACGCUCCAGGCAAAGUGAAAACUGUAGCAGAGCUAGAGGGCGAGCUACAACAAGCGAACACUCCGGUAAGAUCAAUUACCCCACCCAGUCAGCAGAAUAGAUCGCUACCCCAAGGAGGCAAUAAUGACCUGACAGCAUUUAACAAAUUGAUCAGCCUCAUGCAGGCAGGAGCAGCUAGACCUGUUGAAUCCCCGAAACAACCUAUUAAGGCUGAGGCACGCCCUCCAUCACCAUUGUCAAAUAUACCAGGUCACAUCCAGCAAGCCCACUUACAUCAACACAUUAUACAGAGCCAGCAAGCUGGUAUCCCAUCUCAAAUACAAGGUGUGCCCCAGCAAACAGUUAUGCCAUCCCAGAUACAAGCCGGGCAUCAACAAUCUGGUAUGCCAUCCCAGUUACAAGCUGGGUCCCAGCAGGCUGGUAUGCCAUCCCAAAUACAAGCCGGAUCCCAGCAACAUGGCAUACCCCCACAGUUACAUGCUGGACCCCCUCAGCCGCUCCAGGGUAGAGUGAUACACAAACCAGAGCCAUUAAAUCUACAGGGGCACCAACUGCAGAACCAGAGAGCAAGUGUUGGUGAGAUGCCAUUUGACAUGAUGGACAAUUACCCUGGCAACAUGCAUACACCAACAUCUGUAGCCCCACCCCAGCAUGGACUUAGUGACGCAACAGCUGCACAGAAACAAUUUCUUGAGGCUUUGCAGCGGAAUAAGGAACAGCAAUUACAGAUUCGACAGGCUGCCAUUCAGAAUAUGCGUAGUAACCAUCCUGUCUCAACUCAAGGGCAACAGGCCCACCUGGCAUCACAACUGGCCAGUCAACACUCUUCAGUCCAACAACAAGUACAACAAAAUAAUAUUCAGGGGAGACGACCAUCUUCUGGCGAUCCUGUUAUGAGUUUCCUGAAGGCAAAUCCUACAAUCAUCACAAAGCCAGCAUCACCCACUCCUCCACCCCAACAACAGCCACAGAUACCAAUAAUGAACUUUGUCCAACCCGGGUCGUCACCCCGGGGACCUUCACCAUCACCACUCCAGUCAGCACUUCUGUCUCGUCAAGCCCAAGGUUCUCCUAGAGUCCCAUCACCUAUCAUGUUUAGUCAGCAACCUCCGAUGCACCUGAGCGCACCUUCACCUAUACAUCCUGCCCAGGGAGGAAGCUCCCUCUCCCAGUCUCCUGUUGGUCAACCUGCGAAUACAAGUACUGUGAAUACAAUCAGGCCACCUUCAGUUCCACGAGUCCCCAGUCCACAGGAGUUAAUCGUUCAUACACAAGCUAUUUUACAAAAUGCUCUCAUCAAGAAACAGCUAGAAGAUCAAAAAGAAAGAUUUUACAAGAAACAGCAAGAGAGAGUGAAAUCUCCAGCUAUGGUUGGUAGUAAAAUAGGACAAGAUGGCAUUCAAGGUCCAACAAGAACAUCACCAGCACCAGUAACUUCUACCCCAGUUGCUGCUAAGAGUGCUGUAAAUGUGGCAUUUACUCCGACAUCAGUGAUUCGCAAGAUGCAUUCAGAGAAAGCCAGUGAGAAGGAAAAACAGAGGAGAGAUAGUGCUGAUCUAAUAGAGGCUACAGAACGAGACAAUCAGGUAGAACAUGGUUCAGAACUGGAAAAUAAAGCACAGGACCAACAAGUCUCUCCAUUACGGCUAGAUCAUCCAGUACAGCACUGCACCUCGGCACCACCUACCAGCAUACCCCCACCAGCCAUGAUACAUGCGGUGCCACCACCACCAUUACCCAAUCAGGUCCUACCUAACAUGGUCGCGGUGUUACCCGGCCUGCCACCGUUCAAUACUAACCAGCUGACGCACCUUCCCCCUCCCCCGCCCCUUGUCUCUACACACCUGCCACCACCAUUACUGAGCCCAGGGGCGCUGCCACCACCGCCCCACCCACAGUCUACAGCUCUGGUCACCCAGGAGCAGAUUGAUGCUGUGAAAUCGCAGCAUAUCCGUGCUCUGAUAGGUCAACAGAAUGUGAACGUGUCCCUUGGUGCUAGCCUGGCUGCAGUCUCUACAGCUUUACCUACGACCGGCAGACCUAUUGUUAAAGGAAAUGUAUCUGUGGCACCGCCCCUAGCCACACCAACCUCUAAAGACCAUGUUCAGAGACCAAUCAUGGGUGGCAGCACCCCAGUUGUGUCAGCGGUAGACAUGGCAAAACUUUUACAGAGGCAAAACAUUAGGGGACAGACAACUACUCCGUAUGGCAUUCCAGUUGCAGGUGGUAGGAUGCCAUUACCAACGAGCCCUGUGGUAGGCCCUCAGCCUCCAGCACUGGGAACCAGUCCUGUUUACAUACAACAGAUGGUACCUGGCACUAGUCCAAGAGGUUACAAUCAGUAUCCACAGUUAACGGGUCUUCAGGCCCAGCAGCGUAUGAUAGAUCCUCGUGCAGCACGUGGUCCAAUAGUCCAAACAUCUCUACAGAGUCCCGGCUUUAAUCCGAGAACUCUGAACCCACAGAUGAGCCAGCAUAAAAGUAUGGAUACAAUUUAA